AUGCUGCUGAUCCACUCUUCCAGUUCUUGUGACAUCUGCUUCGAACCUUUCCAAUUUGUUGACGGGACAGAUCUGGUGCCUCACUCGCUUCCGUGCGGACAUGUAUUCUGCAGAACAUGCUUGAUGUCUAUACCAAACUGUGCACGGAUAUGUCCAUUCUGUCGAAAGUCGUUCGAAUUGCUUGAGAUCCGAAAGUUGCAUUUAGCGCCUGUCGAAGAGACUGAUAAGGACAGAGAGGCAGCUCUUCUUGAGAAAUUCGUGCUGGCGGCUGAACCGGAAGACCCAAGUGAGCUGGAGAGCAUCAUGGCAGAGGUCGAUGCGUGGCUUGAGCAAGGCAAAGUUGUGUCAUUUGCUCUUCGUGGUUAG